AUAAAAAAGAAAAUCAUUUGUUUAAUGAUAAGCUUGAGUUUAAUAAUGAAUAUCUUGAUCCGCUAAUAGGAACUAAUAAAUGAACAAAAAUUAGAAAUAGCAGAAAUGCAAGCUUUAAUGGACGAACGGCAGAAAUUUAUUGAUGAAUGCAUUGCCGAAAAAAAUAUAUUGAAAGAAGAAGAGAAGCUAAAUAAAGCCGCAACUGUUAUCCAAUCGACAUGGAGAGGUUACAUGGUAAGAAAACAAUUAGGAAAAUAUAAAGGUCUAUGGAAACAAUUGAAAAAGCAAAAGAGAAUUACGGAAGAGAAGCAAAAGAAAAUUACGAAAAAGAAGCAAAAGAAAUUACGCUAAAAAAAAAAGCCUAAUGAAAAGAAGAGACAAAGAAUACAUCUAAGAAAAAAGGGCUUCAGUGUCUGAACAAACGACAGAGAGAAUUUGAUAUUUUAUUACUGAAAAGAGAAUUACCGCUUUCUUUACACACUAAUAAUGCCUUCGAAGUAUCUGUAUAAAUUAUUCAAAUAUAUUUUUAAACAAAUAUCAGAAAUACAGUAUUUACAUGAAGGUCUGACUCACACACAUGCAAACAUGACAAGCGCACAGCAUUGUUUGAACAUUACCGAGUACGAAUUCCGUACGCAUAAGUAG